AAACUGGUCUAAAAUGGUUAAAGGAAAGCAACAAGUACGCAGCACCAACAAAAAGCCGGAGAACACCGCCGAACAACAAAGUAAAGAAAACAAUCCAACGCUGAACACGGAUUCAUGUACAACACAGUCAUUAUUCCAACGCCCAAGCAAAUCCAGAUCCCCUCUCAGUGAUAGUUCCAGAGUGCUGAUCCAAGAAAGAAAUGAAUCUGACGCAAUUAAAACUGAAUCAUCAAAACCAAAGAAAGACAAAUCCAGUGAAAUAAAUGGUGAAAGUGAUGAGUCCAAAGAAGAUCAGAAACCUGAAAUGCCUUCUCAUAGUCACAGGACAAAAGUGCAAACCACUGACGCAUGUGAGGGAAAGGUCUUCUCUACUAACACUGGGACAACAGCAGAAAAUAAACCUUCAGCAUCCAAAACACAGAGCGCAAGGCGUCGCAAACCUGGAGUGAAAAAGAGGGGGAAUAAAGCUUCUCAAAACAGAAAGGUCACAGACUAUUAUCCAAUCAGACGCAGUAACAGAAAAACUCAGGGAGAAUUAAAGGAUGAAGAGCACAAACACAUUGAUGACUUGAUAAAAAAUGAUGUUGAAGAAGGAUUGCAGGUAAAACACACAGAGGGAAAAGGAAGAGGAGUAUUUGCUCUCAGGGACUUUAAAAAGGGAGCAUUUGUCGUGGAGUAUCAUGGAGAUUUGCUGGAAGUCACUGAAGCCAAAAAAAGAGAAGCGGAGUAUGCUCAGGAUCCCCAAACAGGCUGUUACAUGUACUACUUCCAGUACCAGACAAAAACCUACUGUGUAGAUGCAACCAAGGAAACUGACCGUCUUGGCAGGCUGAUAAACCACAGUAAAAAUGGGAACUGUCAGACGAAACUUCAUGCCAUCAAUGGAACCCCUCAUCUUAUCUUGGUAGCUUCCAGAGACAUUGAGGAAAAUGAGGAGCUGCUGUAUGACUACGGUGAUCGCAGUAAAGCCUCCAUUCUGGCUCAUCCUUGGCUAAAAUACUGAAACCUAGACCAAAAGAGUUUAUAUUUCAAAUGUGAUGCUCCAUUUAUGUAAAAGAUGCAACAGAUAAAAGGCAAAAAAAAAAAAUUAGUUCACUGAAAAUGCUGUUAAUCUGGCUUCUAAUUAAGUCACAUUUCUGUGUUUAUGUAUUGCGCCACUUGGUCGUCGAUUCAUGUGACUCGCUGGGCAUUUUUUGUUAAAGUAAGAGAUGACGUCUUUAACGUUUGGUUGGUUACAAAUGACUUCUCACUAAUAGAUGUGUAGUCACCAAUAGAUUUUCAAAAAUGUAUUUAUUGAUCGACAUGCUUCUGCUCAAACAUUUUUGGCAAUAGAUGGCUAUGGUGGUUUUAUAUUUAAAUGCAGCAGCGUGAUGAAUUUCCUUUUUAAUGAACAUUGUUUGGUAUAAUUUGUGAUGUGCUGUAAAUUGAGGAAUAAAAGUUUUCAUUGCAGUUGUGACAAAACUAAUGAAGUGCAUUAAAAUC